CCCAGAUGAUGAUCAAUGCCACGAUACAAAACGGUGGAUGAUCAAUCAAUUGAAAUCGAGACCGAUCUCGUAAUUGUUGUCACUGGGAAUCUCUGCAAUACAUCAAUUAGUUUUAACUAAUUGUUGCAUAUAUCACACGAUCUCUUAGUUUUUCAGGAAGACAAUGCUUUUUUUAUGGCUUAUUUGCUUGGUGCUACCCAAUUUGAUUUCAUGUGAGGAGGAGAAACCUCCAACAAAGCCGAACAUUAUAUUUAUUUUGGCAGAUGAUCUGGGCUUCAACGAUGUGGGCUUCCAUGGUUCGGCAGAGAUUCCCACGCCCAAUAUUGAUGCCCUCGCCUAUUCCGGUGUUAUUCUGAAUCGCUACUAUGUGGCACCCAUUUGUACACCCUCAAGAUCUGCGCUUAUGACGGGAAAGUAUCCCAUACAUACGGGGAUGCAACACACUGUUCUUUAUGCCGCUGAACCUCGGGGUUUGCCGCUGGAGGAGAAGAUCCUACCCCAGUACUUAAACGAGUUGGGUUACACCUCUCACAUAGCUGGCAAAUGGCACUUGGGGCAUUGGAAGCUUAAGUAUACUCCACUUCAUCGGGGUUUUAGUAGCCACGUGGGAUUCUGGUCGGGUCACCAAGAUUACAAUGAUCACACAGCCGUGGAGAACAAUCUCUGGGGUCUGGAUAUGCGCAAUGGGACGGAAGUGGCCUACGACCUUCAUGGUCAUUACACUACGGACGUGAUAACCGAUCAUUCGGUCAAGGUAAUUGCCAACCAUAAUUCCACCAAUGGUCCUCUGUUUCUCUACGUGGCCCAUGCAGCCUGCCACUCGAGUAAUCCGUAUAAUCCGCUGCCAGUUCCGGACAACGAUGUGAUCAAGAUGGGGCACAUUCCACACUAUAAACGUCGGAAAUUCGCAGCUAUGGUAGCCAAAAUGGACGACUCCGUGGGUCAGAUUGUGGACCAGCUGCGCCAGUCCAACAUGCUGGAGAACUCCAUAAUUGUAUUCUCCUCGGACAACGGCGGUCCAGCCCAGGGUUUUAACCUGAACUUUGCCUCCAAUUACCCCCUGAAGGGUGUGAAGAACACCUUGUGGGAGGGUGGAGUAAGAGCGGCGGGUCUCAUCUGGUCACCUCUGCUCAAGAAGAGCCAGCGAGUGUCCAAUCAGACCAUGCACAUCACCGACUGGCUGCCCACGCUCCUGGAGGCAGCUGGUGGUCAACCGGCCUUGGGUAAUCUUAGCAAGGCAAUCGAUGGCCAAAGCAUUUGGCGGGCUCUGGUCCAGGAUAAGGCUUCACCACGUCUGAAUGUCCUCCAUAACAUUGAUGAUAUUUGGGGCAGUGCCGCUCUAAGCGUUGGCGAUUGGAAGUUGGUCAAGGGGACCAACUAUCGAGGCAGCUGGGAUGGAUGGUAUGGACCGGCUGGGGAGCGAGAUCCCCGGCUCUACGACUGGCAGACAGUGGCCAAAAGUAGGGCAGGCAAAGCCCUGGAAGCCCUAAAGAUGCUCCCCAGUCGAGCGGAUCAGCAGAGAUUACGAGCAGCCGCCACGGUAGCUUGCCAAGCACAAUCCUCUCAAGGAACCAGUUGUAAGGCCACCGCCUUCUCAGAACCAUGUUUGUUCCACAUUCGCGACGAUCCCUGUGAGCAAUUCAAUCUGGCAAAGCAAUAUCCCGAAGUCGUCAUCGCAUUAAUGACGGAACUGGCACGUUUUAAUUCCACCGCAGUGCCGCCUUCGAAUAAACCAGCUGAUCCUCGAGCAGAUCCUAAAUUCUGGAACUAUACGUGGACAAAUUUUGGGGACUAUCAACAUGAUAAUGACUCUGUUAGCGGAGAAAUAAGCUUCGCAAAGACUGCUUAGAAUAAAGAGAUAAAGUUUUAGUUAAAGUGA